AUGUCAACAACAAUAAUCCUCUUUGCCAUUCAUGGUUGCGUAGAUUUUCUGGGAUGGGCAGUGCUAUUAAACUUCCUCGUUUACAUCACAAUUCCUGUUGUUCUCCAAUACACAGGAAUUCUUUUGGGAGUUGGAUCGUUUGCCAUAUACAUAAAUACUAUCAUAGGAUUAGCUUACAAGGAAAACUAUUUUUGGGAGCAGCAAAUUGCAAAUAUUAUUUUGAUUCUGACAGCAGCUCUCAUUGGACUUUUGUGUUACAUCUUGGGAGAAGGCAAACAGCGAAGGGCGUUUGUAGAAGCGAAACAAAGCUUAGAAGUUAAAACACUGAUUGAAGAGCAGUCUACUGAGCAGGAACGAUUGCUUCUAUCAGUUCUUCCGGAACAUGUUGCUGUUAAAAUGCGACAGGAUUUAGGGUCAAAUGAUUCGGAACAGUUUAAGAAAAUUUAUAUGAGUCGUCACGAAAAUGUCAGCAUUCUAUACGCUGACAUUGUGGGAUUCACAGCCAUUUCUUCAACCUACUGUGCUCAAGAUUUGGUGAAAAUUCUAAAUGAACUCUUCGCUCGAUUUGAUCGAUUAGCCGAGAAAUAUCAACAACUAAGGAUAAAAAUUCUCGGUGAUUGCUAUUAUUGCAUCAGUGGGGCGCCAGUCGAACGUGAUGAUCAUGCGCAACUUUGCGUUUUCAUGGGAUUAUCGAUGGUGAAAGCAAUCAAAUAUGUUCAACAAAAGACAAAUUCACCGGUCGAUAUGAGAGUUGGUAUUCACACGGGCGCGAUUUUGGCAGGUAUUUUGGGGCAACGUCAAUGGCAGUACGACGUUUACUCAAAGGAUGUCGAGUUAGCAAAUAAAAUGGAGUCAAGUGGAAAGGCCGGACGAGUUCACAUCUCGGAAAAAACUCUUAACUUUCUGAAUGGCGAGUUUGAAGUGGAGCCCGCUUAUGGAGAAAAAAGAGAAGAAGCCUUGCGAACUGCAGGCCUAAAAACAUUUUUCAUCACGAAGGUACUUAAACCGUUUGUGGCAAAUGAACAUAAAAACGGUAUAAACAAUGUGGAGCCUAAAGAUGCUGUAAUCGAACCGGAUGGACCAUCAAUUAUCUCGAAAGAAGAAGAUGACUCGAAGUGUACGUCGCCAGGAGAUUGUAACGAUGAAGAGGCAAGAAUUGGUGUCAAUGAGAGGGAAGAAGAAACUUUGGAGAAUUACAAAGUUCGUUUGAGGAAAGAGCUUGUUUCACGCGAUGGGCAUAGCGAGAUUGAUAAAGACACGACAAUGUUCCUGACAUUUAAGGACAAAAAUCUUGAAUCGGCCUACAGCACUUAUCGUGAGCCGUUUUCAUCCGUUCCGCUAACUGCUUCGCUCCUAGUCCAAAUCAUUGGAGUUUUUUAUUCAUUAUUCGUCUUACCAUGGACAUUGCUUCAUUUUACGCUGGUGCUACCGCCGACGCUUGUGAUUGCUGUCAUCGUGUUCAUAUCGAUCGCUGAAAGUUUUCCAAGCAUCAUUCCGCCAUUUUUGUGUAAUGUAAGUAAGAAAUUCAACGACUGUGUGUGGCUGAGAAAAGCGUCAACAAUACUGACAAUCUUGUUGAUUGGCUUCUCAAAUGCAAGCGAUAUGUUUAUAUCUUCACUGAAGAAUGCAAAAGAUGACUUCACUUCAAUUUCAUUCAUGAACGAUUCUAAUGCAAUAAUAACAACAAGUCCUGAGGAAAACAUUACAACACCAUUGUACGACUCAACACCUGUUCAUGAUCCAUGGACGGAGUGCAUGUUUCCAUCAUACUUCAAUCAUUUUGCUGUUCUCAUUUUAAUUGCCACGAGUGUUGUUACUCAAUUAUCGCAUUUAACGAAGAUUUUAUUGAUGGUCAUUUUAACAGGCGUUUACUGUGUAAUCAACAUAUUUCUUCUCGAAGAGGCUUUCAAACAUGAAAAGUAUUAUACGUGGACUCAAGGCGUUCCAUUGCGGUUUAUUUUAUCAGCGAUGUUAAUUGGCGUAACCGUUGCUUUAUCCGUCUUAUCAAGACAUAUGGACAAAGUGGAUCGAGUCAUAUUCAUGUGGAAGAACGAAGUCAGCGAUCAAAAAGAGAAGGCAAAAGAUAUGCGAAGGCGGAACGAAGCUUUGGUUUACAACAUCCUACCCGAACAUGUUGCAGAGCAUUUUAUGGGGAAUCGAAAGCGUUCACAUGAUGAACUUUACUCGCAAAGUUACGCUGAAGUUGGUGUUUUGUUUGCGAGUAUGCCAAAUUUUUCAGAUUUUUAUUCAGAAGAAAGUGUUAACAAUCAAGGCUUGGAGGGUUUACGUUUCUUAAAUGAGGUCAUUUCUGAUUUUGAUGCAUUGCUUGAGCUUCCUCAGUUUCAAAACAUCAUCAAAAUCAAGACCAUUGGCAGCACUUACAUGGCUGCAAGCGGCCUAAAUCCGUCACAAAUCAGUAAAGCAGACGAUCCAGUGACCGUAAAAUGGUCACAUUUAUCGCUUCUCGUUGAAUUCGCCCUUGAACUCAAACGAGCGCUUCAAAGCAUCAACGAACAAUCAUUCAAUCAUUUUGUGUUGAAAAUGGGAAUUAAUCAUGGACCAAUUACGGCGGGUGUUAUAGGAGCACGAAAACCUCAUUACGAUAUCUGGGGAAAUACAGUUAACGUCGCAUCAAGAAUGGAAAGCACGGGAAAAGCUGGAGCUAUUCAAGUGACGGAAGAAACUUGUCAGAUACUGCAAAUGUUUGGUUACACUUUCGAACAACGAGGUUUAGUUGCUGUGAAAGGAAAAGGUCAACUGAUGACAUAUUAUCUGAAGGGAAAGAGUGAAAAACUACCAACAUCACCAAUAUUAAUGCAAACAGUUCUUGAAGUCGACGAACCGUUGGUUUCAAUCGCACAAAAUCCACCCGAAUCGCCAAAUCCUCUCACACUUUCAAGCGCAACUGCCAGUCCAAGUUCUGUUAGAUUAAAUCAAAACUAUCAGCCAAGCACAGACAAUGAACAUGAUAAUCUCGAAUCACUUGAGAGCAACUGCGAGGAAAGUAUCAAUGAUAUUAGAAAUGCUAAUGAGAGUUUAAAACUCUCUGAAAAUGAUCCACUGCUAAGUGAAAGUUCGAAAAGUACAAGCACAAUUCAUAGUUCAAAUCAUAAGAACAAUGAAAAAGACGCUUUAUUAGAGAACGGAACGUAAAUGCACAGCUAUUCCUUUUCACAAUUAAACUCACUGGUCGAACUUCAAAUAAAAAUUCAUUGUUGAGCUUUUUUCCUUUUUAUUCCUUUUUUUAUUUCCAUUUCAAAAGCUUCCAAUUAAAAAAUGAGGAAAAUUAUUCAAAAGAUGCUGUUCAUGCUUCGUAGUUUGUUCAUAGAAAGAAAAAAAUUAUAUAUAAAUGUGUAGGUUGUGCAAGCAAAGAUAUUUUCAUACUCCAUUUCAUCUCAAUUCUUCUGUUCAUACCACGUUUCAUUUCUUAUGCAUUGAAUUAUCUUCACAAGUACCGCAAAGUGCAAAAUUGUCUUUACCACAUCAUAUCAGCCUCAUACUCCUCAUUCAACUAAUCUGUUAUUAAAUAAUUUCAGAUGAUAAUUUAAUUAAUUUCGAAUGAUAUAAGAAAAGAAAAUAAAAAGCUGAUUGAAACUGAAAAAGCUUUUACUGCGAAACAACAAUCAUAGUGGAAAAACUAGACGAAAUGAAAAAUCUUUAUUUAAUGGUGAAAAGAAAUUGAAUGACAACUACUGAGAGGAUAAUUUAGAAAAGUUUCGCUUUUACUUAUUCAAGCAAGCUCAAAAUAUAUUUUCAUGAAAUAAAUUCAGAGAUUGUUGACUUCUUUCAAACAUAAAUAGAAUGAAAAUAUUUAAGUUUAAAAAGUAUAGGAGAUUAUAAUUAAAAACAAUUAGAAGAAAAUAAGUUUAAGAAAAAUAUUUAAAGAAUUAGUAAAUUAAAAAAAAAUGUAGAACUGAUUAGCAUGCAUAGAGAGAACAAAACUAGCUAUCGAAUCUAAAUACAUUUAGCUAAAUAAUUUAUGGAAUUAAGAAAAAAUCUUCAAUUGUGAUAAAAAGAUUUUUCAAAUUUCUUAUCAUUUCCCUAUUUAUGAGUCAUGCCAUUAACAUUUUUAUUUAAUUUCAUCGUUUUGAAUAAUUGUUGUAAUCAUUUUCUCAUUUUAUAAAAAAAGUUAUGCAGUUAAUAAAUGUAACAAAAGUUAUAUAAGCUGAAUAAAGUUUCAACAUGUG